UGUUGUUCUUCGUUGUCCUUUCAGACUUCUCGGCACUCCAAACUGGAAAAAGCUGAUAUUCUUGAAAUGACAGUGAAGCACUUGACAAAUCUGCAACAAGCACAAAUGACUGCAACUUUUGGCACCAGUCUACCCAUGCUUGGCCAAUACAGAGCUGGAUUUAACGGAUGCAUCAACGAAGUGACCCGUUUUAUGUCCACUCAUGAGAGUGUGGACACUGAAGUGAAGACCCGGAUCCUGUCACAUCUGGCCAGCUGUGUUUCACACUUGGACAUCAUGUCUUGUCAACCACAUCAUCACCUGCGCUCAUGCACACCAAAACAGGGAUUCAAAGCCCAUGUGGUGCCUCACAUGAACGGUCCGCUGGUCAUUUUGCCUCCAGAUGCUUCCAAGUUGCAUUGCGGACUUCAGAUUGUGCCAUCGAGUGAUGGGACUUUCGCUCUUUUGAUACCCGGUUCAUCCGGCAUGACUGGGCCACAUAACGGUGCGCUUCAGGCUGGCAUGUCCUCUGGUGCACAAAUGAACACUCUGGACUCCCUUUGGAGACCUUGGUAGAGCCUCAUGGAGUCUUUGUACAGCAAUGUAAUGAUAACCACGAUAACAUAACGCCAGUUUUCCUUUGUUUCAAUGGGACUUAUAGUGUUGGUACCUGAAUUCAGCACAUAGGCAAAUUUUUGUCAUUUAGAAAAUGGCACCAGACUUCCCACACUUCUGCUUCGAGA